CUGGUCCAAUAACGAUGAUAUCCCGAAAAAUAUAUGUUAAGACUACACUGCGGCAAUGCCCUAGCCCUAACCCUAGCUGGAUUAUUCAAUUCUAUUUCAAGUCUUAAAAGCUCUGGUUAUCGGAGAAUGGCCAGCCGGUUGUCCUGGCGCCGCAUGCCAAGACGUGUGACCCUCCGGUGGUUGGUUAGACGCAAUAGAACACAUACGACGACGCCUGAUUAUUCAUCUUUGCCUGAUGAAGUUAUAGAGCAGAUUCUCUUGAAAUUAAAAUGCAUAAAGUCUAUUGUGACAUGCACUUCUGUCUGCAAAUCAUGGUAUGUUUUGAUCAAAUCACGCCGCUUCGUUACCAUGCACCUCUCUCGUCCACAUAGUAAUGCAGAGUAUUUUCUCUGCUCCUAUUUUCGACCAUUCUGUUAUUCGAUACAAAAUUAUAAUAGUAAAGGACUCGAAAACUAUUAUGAAAUUGAUUUUCCUGAGACAAAAAGGAUUACAGUACAUGGGAGCGGCAAUGGGCUUAUUUGCUAUACUAAAUUCGAUGAUGUUUGUAGUAAUAUUUAUCUUUGGAAUCCUACUAUUCGGAAAUUGAAAAUUCUUCCAAAAUCCCGAUUUUAUCAUACAAAGCGCGAUGCUUAUGGAUUUUGGUAUGACACAAUUUCUGAUGAUUGCAAGGUUGCAAUUAUCUCUUGCACGAAGGUGUCUAAUGUUGAGGUUUAUAGUUUGAGCAGCAAUUUGUGGAAUAUAAUCACUACUAGUGGUCCUUCAUAUUUGACGACUGAGUUUUUUGAUAUGGUUCAUGUUAAUGGCACUUUGUAUUGGCUGACAUCUGCAAACAGAGCUAAUUGGUCGGACGAAAGGAAAGAUUGGAAGCUUACUUCUUUAACUUUAAAGAAUGGGAUGUUUCGAGAGACCCUGAUAUGGCCUGUGGAGAGAAGCAAUUCAGUAAGUUUCGCUAGUACGUUGGGGGCUUGUAGUGAUUCUAUUUUUGUGCUAAGAGUUGGUUGUGACAGAACGAGCUUACAUGUGUAUGAUGAGAGUUUGAACGAACUACACAGGAAUGAAUUUGAAAAGAGUGGAAAAGAGGUUUGUCGUGUAUUGGGUGUGAGAAGCAAUGGCAUUGAAGUUCUGUUUCAGAAGUUCGGGACUGAUCCACCAAUUUUGGUUUUUGAUGUUGGGGAAUUAAAAUUGAAGGAAUUUUGUCCUUCUGCCAAAACUAUUUGUCGGGCAAUACCUUUUGUCGAGACACUAGUUCUACUUGACGAUGGAGAUUCCAGAUCAAUUCCAAAAGCUGGAUAAAGAGUGUCGUCCGCAAUAGGGCUACAUUUAUUUAUCAGGCAAUACUUUUUUCUGAGACCCUGGUUCUGCUUGAUGCUGAGACUCGGGAUCAAUUCUAGAACCUCAAUAACGAGUGUUGUGUACAAUGCUAGUAUUUUUUAUGAUCUAGAGAAUGUUUUACUUGAUGUUUUUUUUAUGUGUAGAGUUCUAUUUGGUAUUGCAGCAGAAAAAAUAGAUAUAUGCUGGGAAAAGGAC